AUGCUCCGCGUCCAAGUCAAGAUGCGCAUGCGAAAAGUCGUCCUGACCUCGUCCGAGGUGUCGGUCCUGCUGUCCAUCACAACCAGUGGGUGUCCCCUCGCCGUCCUUUUGUCGCUUUCCUUUGCCUCGGCUGCCUCUCACGGCGUCUUGCUCACCUGCGCAGUUGUUCUCUGCACGCUCGCCCUCUUCCUCAGCGGCUACGCCCUCCAGCAGCGCACCCUCCGCCACCUGCGGGCGGCCAUCCGGCCUCGCGAAUCGCUGCCCUCGCCGGAAGCCGACGUGGCCGACCGGUUCCGGAGAGACACGACGGAGCUCGCCGACGGCACCGUCGUGGUCAUCGGCUCGGCCGCACAAGCCGCAGAGGCAAACCCGACGGCCCGGCGGAAGACGGAGGAGGCCGCGGGCGACGUCGAGAAGAAGGGCACCGACGGGGCGUCCGAGGAGCAGCUCGCCGUCAUCGCCCAGCUUCAGGCGCAGGUGGCGGCCAAGUCAUGGGGCGUGCCACAUCCGGACCCGCUCAGCAAGAGCAAGAUUCCCAUCACGGCGGCCGAGCGACGACGGUUGAUCAAGGAAGAGAUUCGACGGGCAUCGCAGGCGGACGAAUCAGCCUACCGGCCGCGGAGGCGGUGGUACUGGGACUGCGGAAAGGCGUAG